AUGAAGUCUGCCGCAGUUGUGCUUGUUGGCUCAUUGUCUACCAUUGUUGCCGGACAUGGCUACCUUGUCACCCCGGACAGUCGAACCAAGCUCGGAUUUGAGGCUGGAGUUGACACAUGUCCCGAGUGCACCAUCCUCGAGCCGGUUUCCUCUUGGCCCGAUCUCGACGUGGCCCCAGUUGGCCGUAGCGGACCCUGCGGAUACAAUUCCCGUGUGAGCGUCGACUACAACCAACCCGGCAGUGACUGGGGCAAAAAGGUGGUCAAGACUUACGCACCUGGUGAUGUCAUUGACGUUGUGUGGUGUGUUGACCACAACGGUGAUCACGGUGGCAUGUUCAGCUACCGUAUCUGCCAAGAUCAAGACAUCGUGGACAAAUUCCUGGAUCCGGAUUACCUGCCAACCGAGGCGGAGAAGAAGACAGCCGAGGCCUGCUUUGACAAAGGUCUUCUUGAAUGUACCAGCGUCGAUGGACAGACCUGCGGCUAUAGUGCCGAUUGUGGUGAGGAUGAAGCUUGUCACCGUAAUGACUGGUUCACCUGCAACGGCUUCGAUGAUACCAAGUGUCAAGGUGUUGACAAUGCUGAGCUUAACUCCUGCAAGACAACAAUCGCCGGCGGUUACACUGUCACCAAGAAGAUUAAGAUUCCGGAUUACGUCUCGAACCACACCUUGCUCUCCUGGAAGUGGAACUCCUUCCAAACUGGUCAGAUCUAUCUCUCCUGUUCCGACAUUGCUAUCCAGUAG